AUGAGUUCCACAGAUAAUGACAGCGAUGUGGAUCUAACAGAGGAUUUAGCUGCAGUCAAGAUCAUCAAAGAGAAUCCAGUUGCUAGAAAAGUGGUAAGGUAUAUUUUGUCAAGAGGAGAAUCUCAAAACUCUAUUAUUACAAGAACUAAAUUACAAUCUGUCAUACAUGAUACUGCUCGCGAGGAAAAUAUAGCAAAGCUAUCGUUUAGUAAAAUGUUUAUGGACACAAAUGCUAUACUAAAUAACGUAUAUGGGUUUGAAUUAAAGGGGCUGCCAUCAAGGAAUAAUGUCAGUGCAGGCAGUAAUAGCAAUAACAAUGCAAAUCAAUCAAUGGUUGAGCCACUGGGACAUAGGGCCCAGAGGUUCAUUUUAUUAAACAAUGCUCCACACUUGAAAAAUCUUGAAAAUUUCAAGCUUUUACAAAGCGUUCGCACUUAUGAAGAGCUGAUAGUUGAUGGUGAGUAUAUUGGUGACAAAAUAGGUGUGGAAAGCUUGAAUACCCUAGAAAACAAGCUGAGUACAGAUCAAGAUCUUGUUUACAAGGGCAUUCUAAGCGUUAUUCUUUGCAUUAUAUUUUUCUCCAAAAAUAAUAUAUUACAUCAGGAGUUGAUUAAAUUUCUAGAGACAUUUGGCAUUCCAAGCGAUGGUUCAAAGAUCGCUAUACUAAACAUUACCAUUGAAGAUCUCAUAAAAACCUUGGAAAAGCGUGAAUAUAUAGUCAAACUAGAAGAAAAAUCGGACACUGAUGGGGACGUAAUAUCAUACAGGAUAGGCAGAAGGACUCAAGCAGAAUUUGGACUGAAAUCUCUUGAAAUAUUAGUACGUGAAAUAAUGGGUAUCGAAGAAGACCAGAGUAAAAUCCUGUAUGACGAUAUAAUAAAAAGCAUCGGUGAUUCAUAUUCUAUAUAG